CUUUUUUCCUCCCCUCUCCAAACGACGGUGGCCGUAUUGGGAGAAAAAGCGCUGAACGCACGUUCAAGAGAGGCGACGCCAGAGCGUGAGCCCGGGUGCUGGAGGCGGGAGUUGCGCGUGCGCAGAAGUGUAGUCGGGAAAGGUGUGCUGAGACUGGAGGUGGAGGCGCGGUGCCGGUGAAGCAGAGAAAGAAAAUCCCUCUCCAGAGUGGAAGCCAUAAAAUGUAAAACACAGGAGGUGUCAGCAGCCAUACAUCCUGCCAUAUGGAACCAGCUGGUCUGCAGUGAAAAAGGAGCCGACAUGCAAAAUGCAGUAGAGAUCGGCCAUUAGAUUAUAAGCUCUAUGAGGGCGAGGACAAGACUAUUUAUCUAACACUAAAUUCCCAGACCAAACAACAUCUCCCGUAUAGAAGUACUGGGGACCAAACUCAGGACCUUGCGCUUGUGAGGCAGGCAGCGGAACCACUGAGCUAAAUCCCUGGCCCCAAGAUCUUUUCAAUAAACACAUUGUCUAAGGCUUUGAUUUGACCUCUUUCUUAUUCCUGGGUUCCAGAACCAUGUGUGCUCAGUACUGCAUCUCCUUCGCUGAUGUUGAAAAAGCUCAUACCAACAUUCGAGAUUAUAUACACCUCACACCAGUGCUAACAAGCUCCAUUUUGAAUCAAGUAGCAGGGCGCAAUCUUUUCUUCAAAUGUGAACUCUUCCAGAAAACUGGAUCUUUUAAGCCUUCAUAUUCAUUCACCACUCGCCCAGAGCAACUUCUGUUCCUGCAAGCUGCAGUCAUGAUUCGUGGUGCCCUUAAUGCCAUCCGAGGAUUAAUUCCUGCCACUUUAGAAGGGAAGCCCAAAGCUGUUGUUACUCAUAGCAGUGGAAACCAUGGCCAGGCUCUCACCUAUGCUGCCAAAUUGGAAGGUAUUCCUGCUUAUAUUGUGGUGCCCCAAGCAGCUCCCAAUUGUAAAAAACUGGCAAUACAAUCCUACGGGGCCUCCAUAAUAUACAGUGAACAGAGUGAUGAGUCUAGAGAAAAGGUUACAAAAAGAAUUAUGGAAGAAACAGAAGGGAUCCUGGUACAUCCCAACCAAGAGCCUGCAGUGAUAGCUGGGCAAGGGACAAUUGCCCUGGAAGUGCUGAACCAGGUUCCCUUGGUGGAUGCACUGGUGGUACCUGUAGGAGGAGGAGGAAUGGUUGCUGGAAUAGCAAUUACAGUUAAGGCUCUGAAACCUACUGUGAAGGUAUAUGCUGCUGAACCCUUGAAUGCAGAUGACUGCUACCAGUCCAAACUGAAAGGGGAAUUGACCCCCAAUACUUAUCCUCCAGAAACUGUAGCAGAUGGUGUCAAAUCCAGCAUUGGCACAAACACCUGGCCUAUCAUAAGGGACCUUGUGGAUGAUGUCUUCACUGUUACAGAGGAUGAAAUUAAGUAUGCAACCCAGCUUGUGUGGGAGAGGAUGAAACUACUCAUUGAACCUACAGCGGGUGUUGGAGUGGCUGCUGUGCUGUCUCACAACUUUCAAACAGUUUCUCCAGAAGUAAAGAACAUUUGUAUUGUGCUAAGUGGUGGAAAUGUAGACUUAACGUCCCUAACGUGGGUGAAGCCAGCUGCAAGACCAGGUCCUUACUAGCCAUUUAUUUAUGUAAAAUGAAGAGAUAUGAUUGUCUCUAAA